CAUCCUCCCUAUCGCAUCCGUUACCUACCAUCGUCUGAAGAGCCAUCGCAGCAAACCAGCUGCAUCGUUGCUGGUCGUCUAGACCAAGCGAUUGGUAGACGCCGUCAUUGUCAGCCUCGCAAGCCAGCCUGCUCCCACCCACCCUCAUCCUGCUGACCUUGAGCCAUCAAGGAGCUCGUAUCUCCCUCGCAUCCCCUCCUUGCACACACAACAUGGGUAUGCGCCACCCCACCUUCCUCCUCUCUCACAAACGAGUGUAUGGCUGUGGGACCUGCCACUCUCACCUGUCCACCGAGGAGUGCAUCGUCUCCCGCCAGUUCAAUGGUCAACACGGCAAGGCUUACCUGUUCGAUCAGGUUGUCAAUGUGUACUUUGGGGAUGCGGAGGACAGGCAUAUGACGACUGGGAUGCACACAGUCAGAGACAUCAGGUGUAGGAAGUGCGCAGCCGUGUUAGGGUGGAAGUAUGACCGAGCUUUCGUUCAGACGGAGAAGUACAAGGAGGGCAAGUUCAUCCUUGAGAAGAACAUCAUGGUCGAUGUGCAGUAGACGGUGUGCGCUCGUCUCCACUCUGUUCCCUACUUCUUGUGGCCAACAUCCAUCUCUACUUGAUUCUCAGCCUCACAUCUGCCCGCACCUUGACUGACUCCUAUUGAGCGUGUGGUAUUACAGAUGAAGACGAAACCGAAUCGAGACCCUUUCCUCAGCUAUCAUCCCUACAACCCCUCCGCGAUCGUCGCCGGCACAUCCGCAGCGUACAGCCUGGUAUACAUGC